AAUACCUGCGAUCGCUACAGUUGCAAGAUGGACUCCGUUGAGGCAACAUUAGUCACGUUGUCUUUGGUGCUGCUUUUACGUAAGCAGCCGAAGCGCAGGCAACGAAAGCAGCGUCAAUAUUGGAUGCACCCAUUUAAUAAAGAGAGAUUACUCAGUGGACAUCAUGUAACAACGUUUAAAAUACUAAAAUCCUAUGAUCUCAAAUUCAGAAGUUGUUAUAGAAUGUCAUAUUCGACGUUUUGUGAAUUGCUUUCCAUUGUAAAACCAGAGUUGACACGCAGAAAUACAGUGAUGAGACAAUGUAUAUCAGCUGAAGAACGACUAACAAUAACUUUAAGGUACUUAGCAACUGGAUGUAAUUUCACAGAUCUUCAUUUGGACUUUAAAUGUGGACAUACUACUGCACGUACGAUUGUAAAGGAAACUGUGGAAGUAAUAUGGAAAAAAGUAAAAGACAUCUCCAUGCCAGAGCCAACAGAAGAAUUACAUUUAGAAACCGCUGAAGGAUUUAUGAAACAUGCUAAUUUUCCUAACUUAAUUGGAGCAAUAGAUGGAAAACAUAUAAGAAUUAUAAAACCAUGUCAUACCGGCUCAGAAUAUUACAAUUACAAACAUUUUUUUUCCAUCGUUUUGUUAGCAAUAUGUGACGCUAAUUACAAUUUCAUAGAUAUAGAUGUCGGAUGUUAUGGAAAGAGCUCAGAUUCAACAAUACAUGACAGCAGCGAAUGGGUAAAAAAGUUACGACAAGGAAAUUAUAAUUUACCUCAACCAAGACCUAUAUCUAACAAUGGAAUACCUAUACCGUUUUCGUUUAUUGGCGACGAAGGAUUUGCUUUAUCACAACACUUGCAAAGACCAUACGCUGGUAAACAUUUACCACGAAAGAAGAGAAUAUAUAAUUACCGUUUGACGCGCGCAAGGCGUUAUAUUGAAUGUACGUUUGGUAUAUUGAGUAACAAAUUUAAAAUUUUCAACCGGCCCAUAAACGUUAAUGUAGAUUUUGCUACGAAUAUUGUUAAAGCGUGUUGCGUAUUGCACAAUUUUAUACGUAAGCGAGAUGGGUACAAGUUUGAUCACACUUUGAGUAUAGUCGGAUUCCAAGAUCCACCUGCCAGUGAUAAUUUACUUUUAAUUGGAAGACGAAGAUCAGAACUAAGUGGUACUGCAAUCCGAAACAUAUAUACUGACUAUUUCACCGGUGUAGGUUCUGUACCGUGGCAAGAUUCAAAAAUUUGAAAUAAUUUCACCUAAAAUAGCUAUAAGUAACUAGAAAGGGCUGUAAACGUAACUUAAUUCACUUAUUCUGGAACAUCUAUAUCUCAUUAAUUCUCACCACUCAUCUACAUUUAUAAUGAUAAAAUUUAAUAAAGUUAAAUAACUUACCACAA